AUGCCGAUAAUAUUACCGAUAUUAUUCCAUACCAAAACAAAUACUUCUGAUCGGUUACCUAUUUUUCAGGGCUAUGAUGUUAUUUUUAAUGCUCAAGUGUCGCCGCUUUAUGAAAUAGCAUUUUUUUUUGAACAUAGCCUGCUAAGAUUUAAGAUGCUAGCUCAAAAAUUUUGUAUUUCUCGCACCGAAACGCCGAACGGAGAGAUGUUUAAUUAUAGUAUUUUAUACAGGUUUUCCAACAAUAUUCGAAAAAGUUUAUUUGAAUUAUGUUUGCUUGAGAUCGGCGCAUCUACGAUACUUUUUUGUAUUGACGAAUAUUGUUUUUUGAAGAUGUUGGAGAAAAACGAUUUUGCGAAUAUGAUACCUUAUCUCAUGUUAUUUGCCGCUCUCAAUUUCAAUAUAUUAGUUCUAUGUUAUUUUAGUGAACUUUUAGAUAGUCAGUUUGCCGAAAUCGGAAUACACUCAUGCAUGACGGAAUGGUAUCGAUUUCCUUUAAAAAUAAGAAAGUAUUUGAUUUUGAUUAUCUGUAUGUCUCAACGCUCUCAAAAAUUGACUGCCGGUGGAAUAAUUGAUAUAUCUUAUACUACUUAUGUACAGAUAAUUAAAGCCGGAUUCACUUAUUUACAAUUAUUGAGAGCUUCAAAUAUGUAAAAAUAAUGAGGGAAA